UAUAGCCAAUAUCCGGUAGUGAAACGCUAAGUUCUACCGUUCUACCAUUGAGUGAAGACCUUUCAGAUUCGUUGUUGGAAAAUCGCUUCAUUCCCGCCAUUACGCGCUUUUUGUACCGUGUAGCAAUUUGAUCGCAAGCACGAUGACGGAUACCCAGUAUUCGAAUUAUCAACAACAGGGGUACAAUCAGUACAGUCAGCCACCACCUUCUGGUGGUCAAGAUACUUCGUAUCCGCCACCUUCUAGCAGUGGUGGUGGUGGUGGCUACAAUCAAUAUAGUCAACCACCACCAAGUAGUGGAAGCAAUUAUGGCAGCGGUUACAACAGUUACAAUUCCAGUGGUGGCCAAGACUACAAUCAAUCACAAAAUCAAAACAGUUACCCGAAUAGUUAUGGCAGCGGAGGUGGUUCUGGAAAUGGUAGCAGUAGCAAUUAUAGUGGCAGUUAUGGUCAUGGAGGUGGAGGCAGUGGUGGCUAUAAUCGUAAUAGUUCUGGUGGAGGCUAUGGUGGAGGUCAAGGAGGAGGUGGUGGCAGUAGAUAUGGAGACCGCGGGGGAUACAGUGACCGCUCUGGCGGUAGUUACAACAGUGGCGGUGGCCGUGGUGGUUAUAACAAAGGGGGCUACGGUGACCGCGGUGGUGGCAACGAUGGGAUGGUUACACAAGAAGAUACUAUUUUUGUAUCUGGUAUGGAUCCUUCAAUUUCGGAAGAAGAAAUUUGUCAACAUUUUGGAGCCAUUGGUAUUAUCAAGCAUGACAAGCGGACAGGAAAACCCAAAGUAUGGAUGUACAAAGAUAAAAAUACUGGUAAAUCAAAAGGCGAAGCUACUGUGACUUACGAUGAUCAGAAUGCUGCGCGUUCUGCGAUAGACUGGUUUGAUGGAAAAGAAUUCAAAGGUCGAACUAUAAAAGUACAAAUUGCCCAGCACAAGAGCAGUUGGCAAGGUAAUCGUAGUGGUGGAAGUCGUGGUGGAGGUGGUCGAGGUCGUGGAAGUGGUGGUUUUGGGAGCCGCGGAGGUGGUGGUGACAGAGAUGAUCAUCAUCGUGGUGGUGGUGGUGAUGAUCGACGUGAUGGAGGUGGUCGUGGAGGAGAUUGGAGGUGUCCUAAUCCAGAAUGUGGUAAUACAAAUUUUGCUUGGAGGGACCAGUGUAACCUUUGCAAAAGUCUAAAACCAGAAGGUGCUGGUAGUAGCAGUGGUGGUGGAAGAGGAAAUCGCGGUGGCGAUCGAGGUGGUCGAGGAGGCUUCAGAAGUGACAGGGGUGGUCGAGGUGGAGAUAGGGGUGGCCGAGGAGGCUUCCGUGGUGGAGAUAGGGGUGGAAGGGGCGGACGGGGCGGUCCAAUGAGAGGCGGUGGAGGCCGAGGAGACAGAGAUAGAGAUCGUCAGCGCCCUUACUAAAUGUAAUUUAUAAAGUGAUUGAUAAAUAAAUCACUUAUUGACGUAUUGUACACAAUUUGUACACAAUCUUAAUGUAUGUACAUUUGUCAUAACACAGAGAUCAUGUGUUACACUUCAUUAUCAUCGAUUUGUUUUCUCUUACAUUUUUUAUAUAUUCACAACAAUCGAUGUGUGACGUGUAAUUUUUGUGUUUUAUAUACGUAUGUAAAUGAUCGUCAUAUGUGUAAAGUUACAUUUUAAUAAAUAAGACUUCAAUUCUCUAACACUAAA